GGAACACCUCGUGAAUAUUAACGACCACACCUUUUCCAUAGUAGGAUUCGUAAAUUCGCUAACGGGAGCGAUAAUACCGCAGUAAGUUAGGUGUGUUUGGUCCGUUUGGUUUGUCCCGCAAUAAUGUCCUCAAGAAAAUUCUUCGUCGGGGGAAACUGGAAAAUGAACGGCGAUAAAGAGACUCUGGGCGAGCUCAUAAUGACCUUGAACACGGCCAGUCUCAACGAUGAAACAGAGGUGGUGUGUGGAGCACCGUCCAUCUAUCUGGAUUAUGUGAGGUCUAAACUGGACCAGAGGAUCGGUGUGGCCGCCCAGAACUGCUAUAAGGUACCCAAAGGAGCCUUCACCGGGGAGAUCAGUCCAGCGAUGAUUAAAGACUGCGGCAUCGACUGGGUGAUUCUGGGCCAUUCUGAGAGGCGCCAUGUGUUUGGCGAGAGUGAUGAGCUGAUUGGCCAGAAAGUGGCCCAUUGCUUAGAGAAUGAUUUCGGUGUGAUCGCCUGCAUUGGGGAGAAACUAGAAGAGAGAGAAGCUGGAACCACCGAAGAAGUGGUGUUUGAACAGACCAAAGUCAUUGCAGACAAUGUGAAGGACUGGGCUCGAGUGGUUUUAGCAUAUGAACCAGUGUGGGCGAUUGGAACUGGGAAAACUGCCACUCCUGAUCAGGCUCAGGAGGUGCAUGAGAAGCUGAGAGAAUGGCUGAGAGAGAACGUGUCGGACGCAGUAGCCGGAUCUGUGCGCAUCAUCUACGGAGGCUCUGUUACUGGGGGAAACUGUAAAGAGCUUGCGGCCCAGGCUGACAUUGAUGGCUUCCUGGUUGGAGGAGCUUCCCUUAAGCCUGAGUUUGUUGACAUCAUAAAUGCCCGCUCAUAACUGUUUUGAGGGUCACUAUAAGUAAAUAGCAGCUUCUUGUCAUUCCAGCAGGUCUGAAUGUUGAUUUGUGGUUGUAUUGCUUUAACUCCCCUGCAGUUAUUGGUCUGGAAUACUCAUAGUAUCUCCCUUCCUACUAAAAAUGUGUUAAUAUAGAAGUGGAAGAGAGCUCGGGCACGUUAGUUCAUUAUUUGCUGCUGCGCUCGAGUAAACCACUGUAUUGUCUAUGCACUUGCAGAGCACAUCACUUGAAGUCUAACACACUGUACACUCCACACUGAUGAACUUACAAGUUUGUAGUGACUUUAAGAGCACUUUAUCCUCUGUAGAAAUGACUACCUCUGUAGAAAAUAAAACAAAUGUACUUAAACCGUC